ACCAGACGUAUACACUGUAUGUACCAGUACCCGACACACCUCGAUUGUCCCAACAUCGACACCAUCCUCUCCGCUCCGGUCUUGAGAUAUCUUCUAGCCAGUCCAACUUGCCGUCGUGAAGCCAUGGCUCCCGGUAAUGCACGCAAGAGAAAGUCGGACGAGAUGGAGGAGACCCCACGCGCAGUUACGCCCACAGGCAGUCCAGUACACAAGAAGAUGAAGAUCACGCAGACGCAGAAGCAAGCAUUGAUGGACAACCUACAACUCGAAAUAACCGAACGAGCUCGACAGCUCCGGGCUGGAUAUGCACUCCAAUGCGCCGACCUACGAGCUCGAAUCGAACGACGCGUCAACCGAAUUCCAAUUGCUCUGCGUAAAAUGACCAUGAGAGAAUUGAUGGACCAGCAUGACGCCGCCCGAAAGAAAACUACGACACAGUCCAAAAUAAACAGCAAGUCAUCGCCAUCCAAAACAGGCACUUCAGUAGCCGACGAAAGACCACUUCCCCCGCUGCCGCAACAUCAGCAGAAAGAACAGCGAUCAAAACCGACCUCACCUAUACGUCCACAGCCUCAAGCAGCCGCCCCUCGAGGCAGGAAACGCAAGAGCUCCGACAUCCACAUUGCGUCCGACAAGGAAAACGAGGCGAUUGACUCGUUACCCGUUGCGAAGAACAACAAGCGCGUCAAAGCUGGAACCGCAACUGCAGCUGCAACGCGCACUGUGUCCCGAACAGGGAAGAACGCGUCGGUAUUAUCUCCCAGAUCGAACAAUUCCAGGACGCUCCCUCGAUCACCCGUCAAGGAUUAUCCCACGGCCGCACCGUCGUCUCCAGCCAAGAGCAUGAUUGCGCGGCCCAUAUCACCGUUGAAACCCACAUCUCCUCUCAAGACAGCCGCGACUGCCGCGACCUCGGCCAUUUCGGCAUCUGUGCAUGGGAUGAUUGAACACGCCAAGCGGGGCACCACGUCCAGACUCGCCAGGACGGCAUCUAAGGAGAAACAGCCUGUUACUGCUGCAACUUCGAAGGGACAAAUGCUGCCGCCGCCACGCCCUGGCGCAGGUACAAUCACAGUGUCAGGAACCGGACAGGGACAGUCCUCGCCCCAACGUGCAUUCAGCCAAACCAGCACCCACAGCGCCACGACCGAUGUCUCCACCGCGUCAAGCAGCACGACCGUAGUCAAGCCAAAGCGAGGGGGCCGAGCUGGGGCCACUGCCACCACAGCGGCCAAGACAGCGGGACAGCAGCAGCAACAAUCACAAAAGAGUCCCGGCGCGACCAGAAGAGGUGUUGCAAAGGCAGCCAGUGCCGCCAAGACAGCAUUGAAGCGGAACAACACGACAGCCAACAAGAAGGUGGCACCCGAGCCCGCUGCGCCGCGGAGGAUCUUGAGGAAGAGAAACUGAACAAGUGCAACUAGUAAACGAUGGUUCUGGAACGGUUUACGAUGCUUAAACGGGGUUAAGAACGGGAAGUCUUGAGGUGUAUAUGAUUUCAAUGCUGGAGUCAUGGUUCAAUCUGAUAUGGAGAAGAAGAAGAAGACUUUGGAGCUUGAAUCGGCCAGGACGAGACUGAGGUCAUUGAACCACUUAUUUUUUCUUUCUUUUUUCUUGAAACGUCAUGCAAGCGAGGGGCGGGCAAGCCAUCAUCGGUUUUGGGUUCAUUGCCGCAGAGGAUUUGAUUCUUUCCACGUUGUCCCAUGGAAGGGCGAAGCCUGUUGGGGCUAGGGCACGAUGUGUGUUUGCUUCUUGUUCACUACCAGUGUUGUUUGAGUUGGAGUUUCAAAUUCAACCAUGAGAGACGACGCGCGAACGAACAUGAUGUUGAUUAAUCGUCCCGCCCCACUGCAGUAGAUGUAGCUUGGACGUAGGCAUUGGAGUCUGAAGGUUGGUUCUGUGUUUCUGUCUCUGUCUUUGGAUCGAGUUCGUUGCUUUCUCCGUUUUAGGUGGGUUAUCCAUAUCGCGUACAUAAACUCGAACAGUAACAACCUCUCAGUCCCGAUCGACCAAAGAUGGACGUUUUACCUGUUGUGCUAACCUAUCGGUCUUGUCUCAACUAUGCAUUUGUUCAGCUGCAGUGUUUCAGCAACCAUCACAUGGAAUUGAAUCGACUGUGAUGGGUAGCAGGAGGAAUAGAUAGAGUACCAAAAUAUUACUGUGGGACAUAGUAUAUUUACUGGA